AUGCCGGAGAAUAUUCUCUACCGCUUCUUCUUCAGGGGCAAGAGCUACUUGAUUCCGAAGGACUACAUCGACCAUGAACACCCCGGCGGAAGCGAUGAAAUCAUGCCCUACGUCGACAAGGACAUGACGGACGCAUUCGAGGACGCUGAUCACUCGCUGAAUGCCGUGGAAAUGCUGGAGGAGUGGCUGGAUGCAGAGUAUGACUUUGGCAUCCCGCCUGACCCGUCCGCAGUGGCUCCCCCAGCGCAGGAAGAGGUGAAGACGGCGGGGUCAGUCGCUGAGGCGUCACUACCAGCGGCUGCAGUUACCCCCGCAGUGCCUAAAGCAGUACCAGCAGUCUCGGCGGCACCGGCGGCUACCGCACCAACGACCGCUAGAGAGCCCUCGAAACCGAAGCUGUUCGUGCCUGCCGUGGCCACUGCUUUGAUGGCAUCCAUUGCGUUUGUGUACCUUCGAGUCACCAAGAGGAGGUGA